AUGCCCGCCACCGAAGUCCUAUCUGCGCCCUUCAAGCCCGAUACCAACCCUCAGCAGCUCCUGCGAGUCGUCGAACCACUCCCAACUGUGGGCAGAGUAUUCUCGGGCUUCGUACAUGGCAGGCCAAAUCAGAUGCGGGCAUUUCUCGACUGGGAUUCGGUAGAGGCACACGAGGCGUUCAACGCUUCGGAUAUAUUCCCGCCAUUCGUCGAGGAUUUCAAGUCGAAAGUGGCUGGUCCUUUCACGCUGUGGCAUGUCGACUUCAAGCCUUCACUGGAAGCACUGCACAAUACACAAACCGCUCCAGUCACCGAGGUUCUCACGUUCUACUUUGCAGGCACGCCUCCCGCCGACUUCAUGGAGAAAGCUUUUGCCUUUCGAGAGGUUCUAGCACAGCAGACUGGGUUCGUCGACGUAGCUCUUGGUGUAGCGCAUGAGGAGGUCGAAUUUGAAGGCGAAAAGGGGCAUCCUCUGGUCGUGUUGGUGGGAUGGAAGAGCGAGCAGGAUUGGAAGACAUUUGCCGAGUCUGAGGAGUACAAGGAGAAGAAUCCGGGUUGGAGUCUGGAGAAAGGCGUACUGCGUGGCUUCGAGAUGGAGGUCGUGACCCUGGAGCCUCUCAAGUAG